CAGUGGAAAGAUUUUUGGUGUUAUUUUGUGGGCAGGUAUCUUGGACCAUCUCCUCCAAUCUCUGAGCUUCAAUCUCUGAUUGGUCAGCCAUGUCUGCAACCUCGUCAUUCUCUGUAUCAACUCCUACCUAUAUGACCCAUUUGAUCAGAAGAAGUAGGAGUAGAAGCGGAGGCGCAGUGGUGUUCAAUGCCAUUUCCUCUCUCAGAAAGUCUCAUUGUUUGAGGCCGCAGUCUAUGACUGAUGUCUUUUUCAGGUACCCUUAUGGAGCCACCAAGAGGCACUCGAUUUUCACCAGUACUCGACCCUUUUCCCCUGUCAUGGAGUGGCAGGACUGCACGGUGAGGACUGAAAUCGACGUGCCUAUUUCAGUUGCCUAUAAUUGUUAUUCUGAUCGAGAAUCCAUUCCCCGUUGGAUGCCCUUCAUUUCAUCUGUUGAGGUUUUGGAAGACAAGCCUGAUCUAUCAAAAUGGUCGCUAAAGUAUGAAGCAUUUGGUCGUGAUAUUGAAUUCUCUUGGCUUGCUCGAAAUAUGCAGCCAAUCCCAAAUCAAAAAAUCCACUGGAGAUCUCUGGAAGGUCUUCCUAACAGAGGAGCUGUUCGGUUUUAUCCAAAAAGUCCUUCAUCAUGCACAGUAGAGCUAACAGUAUCAUAUGAGAUUCCUCAGGUCUUGAUCCCAGUGGCAUCGGCACUGCGGCCUUUUCUUGAAGGCUUACUUCUACGUGGGUUGGAACGGUUUGCCAAGUUCGCAAAAACCUAUCAUGCUGACUCCACAGUUUGAUUACCUAAACUCAAUGGUAAGCCUCACGGUGGUUGAUUUUUCAUCAUUGAUAUCAUUAAUGUGUUAAUAUGAAAUAUUAUUAAGAUGGAAGUUCUAAUCUCUUUGUUGUAAGGGAAAACUGUUGAUGUCAAACCAUGUAGUAAUUUCAUAACCAUGACAAGGAAAAAUGUAUCGAUUAGACAAUUGAAUAUUCAGAAGUGCCAAUAAUACUCGAUUUGUUUUCUAA